CUAUAUGUCUCUGAGGCUACACUAUUCUAGAUUUCUGCAAAAAUUUUAAUUCAGUUGCUAGCAGAUUCUCAAUUUUGUCGGGCACGUUGUUUUGUAAGCGCGGCAGCACCGUCUUUUUUUUGUUUUUCCUUAUAUAUUAUUAAAUAAUUUCGGUUUAUAACCAAAUAAGAAUUGUAAUUGUUAAUUUAAUUUUAAAGUUUUAUAUUCUAAAUGGCUUCUUACAUAUUAAGAAACGGGACUACAUCUCUACUUAAAAAAUACUGCCCACGUCAACUAAGUGGCCUCAAAAAUACAUAUACAAAACAAUUCCGUGGCUUGCAUUUAACUCCGUGCUUAGAAAAAAUUGUAUCCUUUAAUUUAAGUGAUAUUGGCGAAGGUAUACGUGAGGUUACUGUUAAGGAAUGGUUCGUUAAAGUUGGAGAUACUGUUGAGCAAUUCGAAAAUCUUUGUGAGGUACAAUCGGAUAAGGCUUCCGUUACAAUAACAAGUCGGUAUGAUGGAAAAAUCUUAAAACUCCAUCAUAAAAUAGAUGAGAUUGCAUUAGUGGGGAAACCGCUAUUAGAUUUUGAAGUGGAAGAGGAAGAUGACGACAGUUCGAGUUCCGAAAGUUCAGAUUCGGAAUCCGAAGCUGAUAAGGACAAUAAGAAUUUAAGUAGUGGUACCGAUUCAAGCAGUAAGGUUGAUUCUGAAAAUAUUGGACGACAGAUUACAUUGGCAACGCCUGCUGUGCGACGAAUAGCAACAGAAAAUAAAGUUGAUUUAUCUAAAGUGCCACCAACUGGCAAAAAUGGACGUGUCCUUAAAGGUGAUGUACUGGAAUUUUUAGGCCAAGUGCCACCUGGCACCAAUAUACCACAUCCCACCAUUGCAGCAAAAGCUGCAACAACAGCAACUGCUUCAACCUCAAAGUCAAUCGCAGCAGCUCCAGUAGCAGCAGAUCGUGUUGAACCAAUCAAAGGUGUACGUAAAGCUAUGUUGAAAUCCAUGUCGGAAUCACUAAAAAUACCACACUUUGCUUAUAGCGAUGAAAUAGACAUGACAAAAUUGAUCGAUUUCCGUAAUCAGUUAAAGGAUGUGGCUAAAGAAAAUGGCAUCUCGAAACUAACAUUUAUGCCAUUCUUUAUAAAAGCCGCGUCGGUUUCUUUGACCAAAUUUCCCAUUCUAAAUAGUUCUCUGAAUUUGGAAAACGAAACUUUGAUCUAUAAAGGUGCACACAACAUAAGUGUGGCUAUUGAUACACCACAAGGCUUGGUCGUUCCAAAUAUAAAAAACUGUCAAAACAAAAAUAUUAUGGAAAUCGCUGCUGAUCUUAACGCAUUGGUUGAGAGGGGACGUACAGGUUCCUUGUCACCACAAGACUUUGCUGAUGGUACAUUCUCUUUAUCGAAUAUUGGCAUUAUUGGUGGUACCUACACACACCCUUGCAUAAUGGCGCCACAAGUAUCUAUAGGAGCCAUGGGACGCACCAAGGUUGUGCCGCGCUUUAAUGAAAACGAUCAAAUAGUCAAGGCUUAUGUUAUGAGCGUUAGCUGGUCGGCUGAUCAUCGUGUUAUUGAUGGAGUAACCAUGGCAAGCUUUUCAAAUAUGUGGAAAAAGUAUCUGGAGAAUCCUGCUAUGUUUUUAUUGAAUUGAGAUUAUAGCUGAUAAGCAGAAAAUCUGAUUUCUUAAGAAUAUCGUCUUCGUAAAAGUCUGCUCUGUUGCAUUUAUUUACUUUUAAUUGAGAAUUGUUGUAAUUAUAGUUUAAAAAAUUUAUGUGGAUUAUAUUUGUGUAAUAUAAUUAUGUUGAUAGAUAUAUGUAUAUCGCUGUAACUGUGCAUUUAUUGGGAUCUUGGUUUGAGAUCAACUAAUUUUAAUAAGCCAUUAAUAUUUUUGUUUAUAUUAUAUAUAUACCUCUUGUUGUGACAUAUCUUAUUUAGAAACUCUACAGUGAUAGUUUUCAUAUUAACUCUUAUAUAAAAACUUGUGGUAUAAAAUACUAUAAAAAUUUAAAUAAAAUCAAGUUGAAG